AAGGCAGUAUUUUCUAGUUUGCACUAAUCUGAUGCUGAAAGGAAGUGCCCUCAUGUUAAGUGGAUUUGGGAUUCCGUGGCACAAGAUAGAGUGAAACCUGAUGCAUAGUUAAAAUUCUCCAGGAUUUGCUGGUGCUGGACUGCAAAGACUCCAUAUUUGAUGGCUAAUUUAAUAUUGUGCAGGAAGGCAAAAUGGAAAGCGAGACAAUCGAAGCUAUUGGGGAGGAGUCCGAAACUUUCAUUAAGGGGAAAGAAAGAAAGACCUAUCAAAGACGUCGUGAAGGUGGGCAGGAGGAGGAUGCUUGCCAUAUACCACCGAACCAAGCAGAUGGGAGCGAAGUAGUGCAGGAUGUCAACAGUGGCGUGCAAAUGGUGAUGAUGGAACAGCUGGAUCCAACACUUCUUCAAAUGAAGACUGAAGUAAUGGAAGGCACAGUGGCUCAGGAAGCAGAGGCUACAGUAGAUGACACACAGAUAAUAACACUUCAGGUUGUUAAUAUGGAAGAACAGCCUAUAAACCUUGGUGAGCUUCAGCUUGUCCAAGUACCUGUUCCAGUGACUGUACCGGUUGCCACUACUUCUGUGGAAGAGCUUCAGGGAGCCUAUGAAAAUGAGGUUUCCAAAGGAGGCCUGCAGGAGGGAGAGCCUAUGAUCUGUCACACACUCCCUUUACCGGAAGGGUUCCAGGUAGUGAAAGUAGGUGCAAAUGGUGAGGUGGAGACACUAGAACAAGGUGAACUUCAGCCACAGGAAGAUCCCAAUUGGCAGAAAGAUCCAGACUAUCAGCCACCAGCCAAAAAAACAAAGAAAACCAAAAAGAGCAAGCUCCGCUACACUGAGGAAGGCAAAGAUGUGGAUGUGUCUGUGUAUGACUUCGAAGAAGAGCAGCAGGAGGGUUUGCUGUCUGAGGUUAAUGCAGAAAAGGUGGUGGGCAACAUGAAGCCCCCUAAACCAACAAAAAUCAAAAAGAAAGGUGUAAAGAAGACAUUCCAGUGCGAGCUGUGCAGUUAUACUUGUCCACGUCGUUCUAACUUGGACCGCCACAUGAAAAGCCACACUGAUGAAAGACCACACAAGUGCCAUCUCUGUGGUAGAGCUUUCCGGACAGUCACGCUGCUGAGGAACCACCUCAAUACUCACACAGGUACUCGCCCUCACAAGUGCCCAGACUGCGACAUGGCCUUUGUGACCAGUGGAGAGUUGGUUCGGCAUCGCCGUUACAAACAUACUCAUGAGAAACCAUUCAAAUGUUCGAUGUGCGACUAUGCUAGUGUAGAGGUCAGCAAAUUGAAACGCCACAUUCGCUCUCAUACUGGAGAGCGCCCAUUCCAGUGCAGCCUGUGCAGUUAUGCCAGCAGGGAUACUUACAAACUGAAGAGGCACAUGAGAACCCACUCUGGAGAGAAGCCUUAUGAAUGUUACAUCUGUCAUGCUCGCUUCACCCAGAGUGGCACCAUGAAAAUGCACAUUUUACAGAAGCACACAGAGAAUGUGGCCAAAUUUCACUGCCCCCACUGUGACACUGUCAUAGCAAGGAAGAGUGACUUGGGUGUUCAUUUGCGAAAGCAGCAUUCCUACAUUGAGCAGGGCAAGAAGUGCCGUUACUGUGAUGCUGUGUUCCACGAGCGAUACGCUCUCAUCCAGCAUCAGAAAUCUCACAAGAAUGAGAAGCGCUUCAAGUGUGACCAGUGUGAUUAUGCAUGCAGACAGGAGCGGCACAUGAUCAUGCACAAACGUACUCAUACUGGAGAAAAGCCUUAUGCCUGUAGCCAUUGUGAUAAAACCUUCCGUCAGAAACAGCUCCUCGAUAUGCACUUCAAACGUUACCAUGACCCCAACUUUGUCCCUGCUGCCUUUGUCUGUUCAAAGUGUGGGAAAACAUUCACUCGCAGGAACACCAUGGCUAGACAUGCAGAUAACUGUUCUGGCCCAGAUGGUGUAGAAGGAGAGAAUGGAGGGGAGCCUAAGAAGGGAAAACGUGGGAGAAAGAGAAAGAUGCGUUCUAAAAAAGAAGAUUCCUCUGAUAGUGAGGAAAAUGCUGAACCAGAUCUGGAUGACAAUGAAGAUGAGGAUGAGACAGCAGUAGAAAUUGAGGCUGAACCAGAAGUGGAGCCAGUGGCUCCCACACCACCUCCUGCUAAGAAACGAAGAGGAAGGCCGCCAGGCAAAGCCAACCAACCAAAACAACCCCAGCCUGCAGCAAUCAUUCAGGUUGAAGAUCAGAACACUGGUGCAAUUGAAAACAUUAUAGUUGAAGUAAAGAAAGAACCCGAUGCAGAAACAGUAGGGGAAGAAGAGGAAGCUCAGCCUGCUAUAGUGGAAGCUCCCAAUGGAGAUCUCACACCUGAGAUGAUUCUGAGCAUGAUGGACCGGUGAUGGAGGAAAAGGCCAAGCUUGCUGACUGAACUGGCCUGGGCUGUGUUUAAACGGCUCAAAUCUAUUUUUCCUUUUACCUUUUUUCUUGGCUUUGGGAAAUGCAUCAUUUUAGACCAUUUUACCAAACAUACUGGGAAAUAAAACUUCAAAAUGAUGUUAGAAUGUGAUUUAACUAGAACUUGCUGUUUUAUGUUAGCGUUACAGGAUCACGGAGCAUUAGGAUAUAUGUUGGAGUCCUUGAGGGUUUCCCGUGAGAUGCUCGAUUCAUUUUGCUCUGAACUGCGUUGUAAUGAUGGUCCAAGGACAGUGUUUACAUGUAACAAGUUUUAAUACACAAAAGUGGAAAAAUGGAAGCCCUGACUAGAGUAUGUGGUACACCACUCUGGACUUGCCCUUCGAGUUCCCAAAGUCCUCCAGCCUUCUUCUCCCAGUAGUGUUUUUAACUGUAAAUGCAGACUGGGGAGUGUUCUAAACUUUUAAAAUGCUUUUGGUUUUGCUUUGCCCCACUGACUAGCUCCGGUUCUCCGAAUCAGCCACACACGGUAGUUUUGGCAUGAUCCAACUGGUUUCUGUCCUCAUUAUGCUUUGCUCUGGACAAAGCAUUUCUGUAAUGGUCAAGCUUGUAAAUAACUUUUUUUUUUUUUUUUUUUUUUUUUACAUUUUAAUCUUUUUCCAUUAAUAAAGAGAGAUGAAAAAAUGCAGAUUAAGAAAAAAACCAGUGUUUUAAUUACUUGCAAAUUAAAUGACAAGAGAAUUGAUAGAGUGUAAAUGUUGGAAAAGCUGUUGAUAAACCAAUCACGUAGAAGAGAGAGGUACCCAGACUAUUGUUGCAAAACAGUGGAAGCCCACCCAUGAAAUCUGGUUUCAAAGCACAUGGAACUGGCAUUUAAAAUAUGUAUAAUUAACCUUUUCAGUUAUAACUUCACAACUACAUUUUCUUUGCUCUACUUUGUAGUUGUAUUUUGUGUUUAUGAAUCCUAUGUUAAGACAGAAGUGGUGAUUUACAGGUGGAUCACUGCAGCCCUGGAAACCUGGGCCAGGAAAUUUUACUAGGUCAGUAAUUAUAAAAUUUUGGAUCUCUGAUAAAAAGACAACAAAGGAAUAAUGUGAAAUACAAAUGAUGCCUGUAUAUGAACUGUCACGUUAAAAUAUGUAAGCUUUUUAUAGAGCCUCAGUCUUGCUGAUUUCAAACAAAUUUUUCUUCUAUGUAUCGCUUUUAAGAGAGCUAUCAGUUUAGCUAUCAGACUCUAGGUUGAUGCAUUUUUGUACUUAGCUGUACUGUGUGAUAUUUUUCAUUAUUUUAGAAAGCCAACAUGAGGAAAAAAACUGUUCUAAAAUAUGUAAUGGGGUUUGAAAGCUGGGAAGGAGAAUAUACUGCUGUACAGCUAAUAAAUAAUAAUGGAUUAA